AUGUGGCUUCGAGAGGAGCUUCUGAAAGCCAUCUGGCAUGCAUUCACGGCCCUGGACGUGGACCAGCGUGGGAAAGUCUCCAAAUCUCAAUUAAAAGUGCUCUCCUACAACCUGUGCACAGUAAUGAGGAUCCCCCAUAACCCUUUGACCUUUGAAGAGCAUUUUAAAGAUGAUGAUAAGGGACCUCUGUCUAAUGAGGGCUAUAUGCCGUACCUCAACAGGUACAUUCUUGAUAAGGUGCAGGAGGAUUUCGAUGUGCUGGAGUUCUACCGGAUGUGCUGGACUUUGUGUUACAAAAAGAAUAUUCACCCCCAUCGUCUAAUCAUCUCAGAUGCUGAUGCGUUCAAAGUCUGGCAGUAUUUUCUGCAUCCAGAUGCUGAGGCUCGGCCUGGAAUCUGGUGUGAGGAGAAGUUCACAGACUACAGGAUGCGGCAUAACACGAAGAGCUGCCUGACUGUAUGGGAGCUGAUCGAGCUGGUGGGAGUCAUCUACUUCAGCAACGACGUGGACCGGCAGAUCCUGUCAAACAGAGACAUCAACAUGAGGCUGAUGCUGAGGCUCGGCCUGCUGUCUCCGCACCGCGAGGCGCGGCUGAGGCGUCGGGAGCUGCGGCAGAAGCAGCAGCUGGAGGAGCAGGACCUGACGGAGAGGAUGAAGAACCUCCAGGCGGCUAAUGAGGCCAAACAGAGACAACUGGAAGACAUGAGGCUGAAAAUGGAAGAGGCCAAAGCCAAAGCAGAGCUGGAGGAGCUCCGGAGGAAGAAAAAACAGUCCGACCUGCAGGAUCGGUACAGAUUAGACCUGGAGAGAGAAAAAACGGUGCGGCAGGAGAUGGAGGAGCAGGUGGCUCAGAAGUCCAGUGAGCUGGAUCAGUACCUCCAGCGGGUCCGAGAGCUCGAAGACAUGUACCACCGGCUGCAGGAAGCCCUAGAGGACGAGAGGCAGGCCAAGCAGGAUGAGGAGGCCAUGAGGAAGCUGCAGGCCAGGUUAUUGGAGGAAGAGGCGGCAAAGAGGGCGGAGCUGGAGCAGAUCUACCUGAAGCAGCAGAGGACGCUGACUCAGACGGAGGCGGAGAAGGAGGAGCUGAUGGCCGAGCAGCUGGCCAAGGAGAGAGAGCUGCAGGCGGCGUCUCAGCAGCUGGACAGACUGGAGAAGGAACGGCAGGGGGCGCUGGAGCAGUAUCAGGAGGUAUCACGGAAACUGGAGCGAGCGGCCAACAAGACAAAGACUUGGAAAGAUAAAGUGGCCAAACAUGAAGGGCUGGUUCGCCUCAUCCAGCCAGGUCACAAAGGAGCCCAGAGAAUCACUAACUGGGGGCCGGCCUCCUUCACUGACAUUGAGCUGGAGCUGAGGAAGAAGUCCUGGCAGGAGAAGAAGAACCAGGGAGCACCGGCUGAGUGA